CAAAAUCUGUUGUGUCAUGUCAUCGUAUUAAUCUCGUUCUUUUUAUUUUACCGAAAAUAACAAAAAAUAUCAAAAAAUAAGAGGUAAAAGUUUAUAACUGCACUAUAAAACUGAUAAUUUAGUGUAUCAACAAUGCAUUGGUACGGCGGGAGUAUCGCAGAAGCGGUUAAUUUAUCAAAACAGCGGAAUGCAAUAUUCGUUGUUUUCGUAGAAGGUGACAAUGACCUAUCCUCAGAAAUGGCUACAACAAUAGAUGACACAGCUGUUGUGAAAAGACUGUCUGACCAAAACAACUUCCUGGCUGUGAAACUAAAGAGUGGAUCAACAAAUUAUACACAUUUCGCACAGAUUUAUCAGUUUGUACCUGUGCCGUCGCUCUUCUUCAUAGGCAGGAAUGGCACUCCUUUGGAGGUGGUGUGUGCCGGGGUCGAGGCACCCAACCUGGCCACCAGGAUCGACAGGAUACUGGCAGAACACCGCAAAGAAAAGGUGCCUGACCAACCAACCGCUCCCGUCGUACAACCAUCGACUUCAACACAAAAUAUAAAGGAGCAGACGGCCAGCCUACUGCAAUCUGAAGCUACUGUGGCCGCCGCCACAGUGCAACAGAAGAUCAGACCAUCAGAACCAGGCACCUCAGAGCCCGCAGCAAAGAUACAAAAGACCGAUCAUCAUGAGGUCACCAAGUCAGGCCAGGAAUAUGACGUGGUAUGCGAUGGCGAUGUCUGCGUUAGGAAACCGAGGGUGGUCAAACCUGAUGAACCGGGUCCCAGUCAAAGGCCUGAAGUUUCCAGUACUCCGAUGGAAACUGCACCAUCAGAGGCAGAGGACACGGUCAGUAUGGAGGAGAAGUUAGAGAGGGCCAAGGAACUGAUAGAAGCGAGACGAAGGGAGAAAGCAGAGAAAGAGAAGGAGGUAGGUAGAAAUCUUGAAAAACAGAAGGAAAUUGAGCGUCGUUCGCAAGGACAUGGAGUCGCAGAGUUGAAGAGAUGGCAGGCCGACCAAGAACUCAAGCAAAUACAGGAGGAACGCAAACGGGAGAAACUUGAGAACAAUUUGGCUCGACAACGGAUAUUGGAGCAGAUCGCUCAAGACCGAGCGGAGAGGCAAGCGAGGGACCAAGCGACGCCCACGCUCGCUCAGAACGCUCAAGCGACGCCGGUUGUAGCCACGUCCGGUGAUGGCAGUUCUCGGGCGCGGGUACAGUUCAAAUUACCCGACGGUACUUCGCAUACCGCCCAUUUCGACGCAGAUGGUACUCUGGGAGACAUACAACGAUACAUAGCUGACAAUUUGAAUAUGGCGACGUCUUCGUUCUCCAUAUGGACGGCGUUCCCCCGGCGCGAGUUGACCGAAAGCGAUGAGACUCUGCGCAGACUUCAAUUAGCGCCAUCUGCCGCAUUAUUGGUAUUACCUCGUCGACAGCCCGCGCAAGUGGCCACACCUAGUGCUCUCGCCUCACUUAUCGCAUUCUUCACGCAAAUCUUCACAUCAUUCGUACUCGAGCCGUCACAGCAAAUCUACAUUUGGCUGCGAUCAAGACUAACGGGGGAUUCCCCCCCUCCCUCGAGAAGACCGCCUUCCCCCACCCAUAGACAAACACCUCCCCCCGGAGUAAGGCGUAGAGGCAAUAUCCAUAGACUACCAGGCGAUAGAGCGAAUGACGAAAGCGACGAUAAUAACACUUGGAACGGAAACUCGACGCAACAGAUGUAGGUAAAACCUAUGGAGUGGGAAAGAGACAGGUAUUACUUUAAAGUCCAGUUUCAAUAACCAACCUCCAGUAAAAAUGAAGUAUUAUCUGGCAACAUUAUUGUUUAAUAUUAAUAAUAAAAAUAUGUAGGCAAUGGUGGCGAUUCUGACAUGAUACUCUAAACAGAAAACAAAAUUUAACAUCAGUGUUUCCUUUUCAUUCUGUAUAGAGAAUGACAAGGAUAUACUGUUGUCAAAUUUAAUUUUAGGUUUAGAGAAUCAUGUCAGUAUCGGCACCUAUAAAGCUCUAAUAGCCUAUUUCUUACUGGAGUUUGACUAAUGAAGGUGUUCAUAAAAUAUUCGGUUAUAUAUCUAUGUAUAUAAUUAUUUAAAUAAAUAAUUCAUACAUAUUUACCUCAGUCAUUAAAUAACUGAACAAAUCUACCAAUUUCAUUCGUAUUGUUUUUAAAGUUUGCUGAUACUUAGUAAGGUAGUGGCACCAAUGGCCGACAUGAUCGUGAUUUUAUCUGUGAUCAAUGAAAAUAAGGGUACAGAUUUUUCAAUAUUGUACUUAUUAUUUGUGCAAUCUAAACAAACACACAUUUAGAUUGAUCGGAAUAUGUAUAUCAAAAAUUAUAUAACUACCCUUUUUUGGAAGACUUGUUAUUAAAUUGUUAUGUUAAUAUUUAAUUAAAAUAAAUUGAAUUAGUUUUAUUAUUUAAGUCCCUCUUUAAUUAUGAAUUAUCAAUGAAUAUAAGAGUAGUUAACCGAUCACCAAAUAUGGUAACACCGAGCUCAGUUUUAUCAUAUGUAGUGAUUUACCUACUCUUAUUUUCACCAAUCCCAAAAAAAUAUGUCGAUCAUUGGUUCUUGGCGGUCAUUGGUGCCACUACUUUAGUUAUUUUCUUUCGUUACAUAUUAAAAAAAUGUUUAAAUGAAAAUAUAAAAAAAACCAUUUGUGUAAUGUAUUAUUAUUUGUCACUUUAACAGCAGUUUGUCCUUAUCAUGCUUUAUAGGGAAUGAAAAUUAAAGACUGCUGUUUUAAGCAAAUAUGUGUUUUAUACCACAAAAUAAUAAAGUUUGUUUAGCAAACUCGUUACCGAUUUAUUAAAAAAAACAUUCUAAAAUUAAUUACAAUAUUCCAUAUUAUGUCAUGUUACUAGGAGUAACUAUGCAAUAAUUGCAAACUAAAGCUUAUAUUGCUUAAAACACUUAUUGUUUGGUUCUUUCAUUUUUAGAUUACACGUUCGUUAGCUGUAAACAGGAAGCUAUUAAAAUAUACAUUUUAAUAUGUUCAAGGAGGUAUACCUUGUCAAUAUAUUGUUAUUAUUAUUUAAGGUUUUUGCGCAAUUAAAAUAGAUACAUAUUUAGAUUGAUCGGGAUAUGUAUUUUAAAAAUUAUAAUAGCUACCCUUUUUCGGAAGACUUGUUAUUAAAUUGUUAUGUUAAUAUUUAAAUUAAAGAGUUUGAUUUAUCAACUAAAUUUAUGUAAUAUCCCCUAUAUCAUAAAGCGACGUUUCUUUAGCACUUUUCCAAUCCAAAAUGUCAUUGACACAUUUUGGAUUUUGCCAGAUUCCAAUUGAAGUGUAAAAUUGUAUUUUUUAUGAUAUUAAUUAUUGAUAGGAGUUUUCAUCAAAAUUGUCGUUCUUUAAUAAACAUUUAAAAUGUUAUAAUUUACGAAGUAAACAAUAGAAAACGCUUUUUCUUGUAUAAAUAUUUUUACCAAAUUUUAUUUUAAUAUAUAAUUUAAUUUCUCAUAUACAGGGUUACAGGGAAAGUCGUACUGAAUAUUGAAGAACGUUAUUAUUCAGGUCAUUUCUGAUGGAUUGGGUCCUAUAAUAUGGUGUCCGAAACUUAACCGUUAUGGAGAUAUUGGAUAUUAAAGAUUUUUUUAAAAAAUCCUAUAUUUUUUGGGUUUUUGUCGAUUUUUUUGAAACUAGAGCUCCAAAGGUCCGAUUUUUUGAUGUAUCUAGUUAGAAAACAUGUCAGGCAAUAAAAAUAAUGAAUACAAACUGAACCUACCUCUAACGGCUUAAAAAAACUGCUCGACAACGGUUGUAACUAAAGAAUUUUCACCAAGUGUUCUUUGAAGCGCUUUUCUAAAACACAAAUGUAUGGAACUUAUUCUGCAAAUGAUUUUAAAAACUUCUACGUCUCUUUAGCUAUUCAAAAAGGUAUAACACUUGCUAUUAAAUUGGCAAAACAUUGACCAAAUAACAGUUAUGGUAGCAGAGGGUACAUUUUUAGUUUGAGGUAAAAAUAGCAAAAAUACGUAAAUAAAACCAGAAAAGCAUAGUAAAUAUUUUUAUAAUUCAUGUUCAACAUGGCCGCCGCUAUUUCUAACACAAUAUAUUCUCAAUCUUUUUCUUAAAUUACUUUUUACUACAGAAGAUUUUAAGUUCCGCCUCAUAUCCUCAGCCGCAUCAAUAAUCCUUUGUCGCAAAAUAUCGAUAUUU